AUGCGUCUGACAACAGCAGCCGCGAUCUUGUCCUUUGUCGGCGCGAGUCUGGCUCGCUUUGGACACCAGGAGCAGACCCCAGGCGAAAUCCCAUCAUCCAGGACGAGACGCUUCAUCGUGGAGCUUGCGAAAGACUCGGACUUGAAGAAGCUCAAGUCGGAGCUAUCCGAUUUCGCCGGUGCAACAGUGUAUAAGACCUUCCGCAGCGAUGUCUUCACGGGAGUCAGUGUCGAAUUGACGGGUGACAACGAGGAGGACCUGCGUCUUCUUCAGGGAGCGAGCAACGUUUGGCCAUCGCGCAGAGUCCAGAGGGCCGUUGUCGAGAGCGGUCGGGCAUUCAGUGGUGAUGUCUCGGCGGGCAACUAUAAUAUCCACGGCAUCACUGGUGUGCAGAAGCUUCAUGAGGAAGGCAUCCUAGGCAAGGGUGCCAAGGUUGCUGUUGUUGACGCCGGUGUUGACUAUACUCACCCUGCUCUUGGUGGUGGGUUUGGCGAGGGGUUCAAAGUCAUGGGCGGCUAUGAUCUCGUCGGUGACUCAGCGUGGCCCACUGAAGGAUAUGAUAAAAGGCCCGACAACGACCCGUAUGAAGAAGAUGCCCUCGGCGGACACGGCACGCAUGUCACUGGUAUCGUCGUUGGAAAGUCAGAUAGCUGGCAAGGAGUUGCGCCUGAAGCCAACAUUUUGUCGUACAAGGUCUUUGCCGGAAGUAAUGGCGACACAGAUGAAGAGACCCUCAUUGAGGCAUUUCUAAUGGCUCAUAAAGAUGGUGCUGACAUCAUCACCUGUUCCAUCGGAGGUCGCGGGGGGUUCUCAUCCAACGCCUGGGCCGAGAUUGCAUCCCGUCUCGUGGACCAGGGGCUCGUCGUCACGAUCUCCGCGGGUAAUACCGGCGAAGGCGGUGCUUUCCUCGGGGACAACGGUCAGUCUGGGCGAAGCGUACUCUCUGUGGCAUCCACGGAGCCACCGUAUGUCCCUGGGAUGCCGUUCGAGGUGACGUUCGAUUACGGGAACGGGGAAGUGAAAAAGUCGACAUAUGGGUUCUUUUUUGGCGGCCUCACUCACAGCUUCCCACUGAACUCGACCGGUCUGCCAAUCACCGCGCUCUCGUAUGACCCCUACAACACCACAAUAGGAUGCCGCUUCCUGGGACCAGAGACGCGAAACCUGUCUGGCGCUCUUGUACUGGCUCCUCGCGGUGGCUGCGACGGGCCGAAUAAGCGCUACGUUCUCCACGCUGCCGGAGCCGAGUACGUGCUGCUCUUCAACGACAAAAGCCUCUUCCCGAUGCCCAGCAGCUACGAUACCCUCCGCGUCGAGGGUGUGACCGAGAACGCCGUCGGCGUCGAAAUCCUCUCCGCGCUUGCGAAGGGCGCCAAGCUCACGGCCAGAUUCUUCAACGAGUCCAACUCGAACCUGAUAAAUCUGAAGAAUCCCGCCGUUGUCAGCUCCUUCUUCACAUCCAUGGGCGGACUAUACGAUCUCCAAAUCAAGCCGGACGUGGCGGCACCCGGGAGCAAUAUCUUCUCCACCAUACCGCACGGUAAGUACGCCCUAAAGUCGGGCACGUCCAUGGCCACGCCGUACGUUGCAGGCAUUGCGGCACUCUUCAUCUCAAAGUAUGGCGGCAGGAAUACGCAUGGUCCCGGCUUUGGGAGGAGGCUCUCUGCUCGGAUCCUGUCUAGCUGCGACUCGCUUCCGUGGAACAAUGGCCUCAAUAUGACGGACUACGACGCCAGAGCCCCCGUCUUCCAGAUUGGGAAUGGCUUGGUUAAUGCUACCAAGAUCAUGGACUACCGGACGGAGCUUUCGUUUGCCAAGUUUGCGCUCAACGAUACUACGCACUUUCGCGCUUCGCAGUCUGUCAUGAUCACUAACAACUGCACUGGCCCGGUCACGUAUAGGUUCUGCGUUGAGGCUGCAGGGACGUAUGAGGUUCUCGAUGACAAGGCGGAGCCGUCGAUCAAAAUGGGUCCCCAGUAUCGAGGACUCGUACCAUUGACUACGCAGAUGGCACCUAACGUGACGUUUCCUGGAGAUUUUACAGUCGGUCCGGGUGAGACCAGAGAGGCAAUAUUCGCCUUUGAACCUCCCAAAGGCGGAAACCAGACUGCUAUGCCCUUAUACAGCGGCAAGAUCCUCGUCUACGGCUCUAAUGGCGAGCAGCUCUCGGUCCCCUACAUGGGCGUAGCCUCCGACCUGCAAAACGGAUUUAGGAAAAUGUUUGUCGAAAAAUAUCCAUACGUCAACUCGGGACGGGGUGAAACUCCCAUCAUGUACAAAACCAACUUCACGUUCGACCUUUCUUUGAAGGCGCAGGACUUUCCCAAACUCUACAUGAACUUCCGAUGGGGUGCUUCCGUCCUGCGCUGGGACAUUUUCGGGAGAGGGUGGGAGGAGAAGAGCUGGGGGACGUACCCGCCCGUUCCUGGGAAGGAUGGAUUCGUCGGCCAUGCUGCGACCUGGGAUAAUGAGAAGCAUGCCUCCGUCUUUGAUCCGGACAAUGACAACGAAUUGGACCUCGUCAGAGGUCCUCUGGGAGAACUUUCGAGGGACGAUUACAACUACGCGCCCUGGCGGGCGUGGUGGCUUGGACGUUUCUCUGAUGGAUCAAAGAUUAAGCCUGGAAACUACACCAUGCGUGUUGCUGCGCUGACUCCGUUUGGAGAUCCGACCAAAAGCGACCAUUGGGACGUUUGGAGGCAUGAUUUCGAGGUUGAAGCCAACCUUACGCUAUCUGAUGGAUGA